AACAGUUGCCUGUAGGCGCCUGCGCGCGGCGGGGGCGUGACUCAGAGCAGGGGCGUGGCCCGGGGCAGGGUGGGGGGACGAGGCGGGAGCCGGCUGCAGCGCGUGCAGCCGUUACUGGUCGCGCAGGGUCACGUGAGCGCGCAGGCGCAACGCCGCGAAGCCCGCUCCCUCACACAAAGCCCAGACGCGGAGAAAAUGGCGGCAGGGGUCGAAGCAGCAGCCGAGGUGGCGGCGACGGAGCCCAAAAUGGAGGAGGAAAGCGGCGCGCCCAGCGUGCCAAGUGGCAACGGGGCUCCGGGCCCUAAAGGUGAAGGAGAACGGCCUACUCAGAAUGAGAAGAGGAAGGAGAAAGGCAUGAAAAGAGGAGGCAAUCGUUUUGAGCCUUAUGCCAACCCAACUAAAAGAUACAGAGCCUUUAUUACAAAUAUACCUUUUGAUGUGAAAUGGCAAUCCCUUAAAGACCUGGUUAAAGAAAAAGUUGGUGAGGUAACAUACGUGGAGCUCUUAAUGGACGCUGAAGGAAAGUCAAGGGGAUGUGCUGUUGUUGAAUUCAAGAUGGAAGAGAGCAUGAAAAAAGCUGCCGAAGUUCUAAACAAGCAUAGUCUGAGUGGAAGACCACUGAAAGUCAAAGAAGAUCCUGAUGGUGAACAUGCCAGGAGAGCAAUGCAAAAGGCCGGAAGACUCGGAAGCACGGUAUUUGUAGCAAAUCUGGAUUAUAAAGUUGGCUGGAAGAAGCUGAAAGAAGUAUUUAGUAUGGCUGGUGUGGUGGUCCGAGCAGACAUUCUUGAGGAUAAAGAUGGGAAAAGUCGUGGAAUAGGCACUGUUACUUUUGAGCAGUCCAUCGAAGCUGUGCAAGCUAUAUCUAUGUUUAAUGGACAACUGCUAUUUGAUAGACCAAUGCAUGUGAAAAUGGAUGAGAGGGCCUUACCAAAAGGAGACUUUUUCCCUCCUGAGCGUCCUCAGCAACUGCCCCAUGGACUCGGUGGUAUUGGCAUGGGGUUGGGACCAGGGGGACAGCCUAUUGAUGCCAAUCACCUGAACAAAGGCAUCGGAAUGGGAAACCUGGGACCUGCAGGAAUGGGAUUGGAAGGCAUAGGAUUUGGAAUAAAUAAAAUGGGAGGCAUGGAAGGACCCUUUGGUGGUGGCAUGGAAAACAUGGGCCGAUUUGGAUCUGGGAUGAACAUGGGCAGAAUUAACGAAAUCCUAAGUAAUGCAUUGAAGAGAGGAGCGAUCAUGGCAAAGCAGGGAGGAGGUGGAGGUGGAGGCAGCGUCCCUGGGAUCGAGAGGAUGGGCCCCGGCAUUGACCGCAUCGGGGGGGCCGGCAUGGAGCGCAUGGGCGCAGGCCUGGGCCACGGCAUGGAGCGCGUGGGCUCCGAGAUCGAGCGCAUGGGCCUGGUCAUGGACCGCAUGGGCUCAGUGGAGCGCAUGGGCUCUGGCAUUGAGCGCAUGGGCCCGCUGGGCCUUGACCACAUGGCCUCCAGCAUCGAGCGCAUGGGCCAGACCAUGGAGCGCAUUGGCUCUGGCGUGGAGCGCAUGGGUGCCGGCAUGGGCUUCGGCCUGGAGCGCAUGGCCGCGCCCAUCGACCGCGUGGGCCAGACCAUUGAGCGGAUGGGCUCUGGUGUGGAGCGUAUGGGCCCUGCCAUCGAGCGCAUGGGCCUGAGCAUGGAGCGCAUGGUACCCGCAGGCAUAGGGGCUGGCCUGGAGCGUAUGGGCCCUGUGAUGGAUCGCAUGGCCACUGGCCUGGAGCGUAUGGGCGCCAACAACCUGGAGCGCAUGGGCCUGGAGCGCAUGGGCGCCAACAGUCUCGAGCGCAUGGGCCUGGAGCGUAUGGGCGCCAACAGCCUGGAGCGCAUGGGCCCCGCCAUGGGCCCAGCCCUGGGCGCUGGCAUUGAGCGCAUGGGCCUGGCCAUGGGUGGCGGUGGUGGCGCCAGUUUUGACCGUGCCAUCGAGAUGGAGCGUGGCAACUUUGGAGGAAGCUUUGCGGGUUCCUUUGGUGGAGCUGGAGGCCAUGCUCCUGGAGUGGCCAGGAAGGCCUGCCAGAUAUUUGUGAGAAAUCUCCCAUUUGAUUUUACAUGGAAAAUGCUGAAAGACAAAUUCAACGAAUGUGGCCACGUGCUGUAUGCUGACAUUAAGAUGGAGAACGGCAAGUCCAAGGGCUGCGGUGUGGUCAAGUUUGAGUCGCCCGAGGUGGCGGAGCGGGCCUGCCGGAUGAUGAACGGAAUGAAGCUGAGUGGCCGAGAGAUUGACGUGCGAAUCGAUAGAAAUGCUUAAGCAGUUGCCUUUUUUAAACAUCGAGACCAGACCUCUGAAUUUGUAUUUUUUCUUGUUAACCAUUUUAAUUUGUUGGCUGGAUGUAUAAAGAUGUUUAAAAAAUUCAGUUGCUUUUUGGGGGCAUUUGAAUUACUUUUUUAAUGACUGGGGUUCCAUUUGACUGUUUGCAUUGAGAUUGCAAUGUGCGCAAUUUUUUUUGUAGUUGUGGCAUCUUGUUGACAUCAAAUAUGACUUUGAUAAUAAAUACCAGUUCCUGAAA